AUGACCACGAAAUGUGUAAAAAUGUGCCGAAAUGGCGAUGGGUUUUUCCCACCUGUGAACGUUGUAGUUAACCCACGGGAUAUCCGAAGUAUGGAUGCGUUUCUUGAUCGGGUCACUCAAGCCACAAGAAUGCGAAAUGCUGCCAGGAAAGUGUGUACGCCGAAAAAAGGACAUAAAAUCGAAGACCUUACAAAACUAAUUUCGGGUGAAACCUACGUGGCGGUCGGCCAAGAAGGAUUCAAAAAUUUACAGUAAGUACCGUAAUAAAAUUAUCAAUGUUUUGACCUUGUUUAUAUUGUAAUAAUGUAAUGUUGCUUUUGGGCAAUCGUUUGCUAGAUUUAUUCCCAAUUUUUAAAUUUAUUUCACUUUUAUAGAUAUGGAAGUAUUCGUAUUCGUAGGCCUGUGAUACAACAUCGCCAAAUCAAGGUACGUGGAUUUUGGCAGCUAAUAAAUCUUUUCAAAAAGUUUGUUUACCUUUGCAAUUAAAGCAAGCACACACAUUAAUUACGUAUGCCCCGUUGUACUAAUCCGAAAUUAAAUAUUAAUUUCGUUUCUUGCGCUCUUUUAAACACGUUUUGUUCAAGUUUUAAGAAGGGAAAAGUUUUGCUAUAAUGAAAAAAAAUUCUUGGCCCAAGCAUUCAAAUUUUUUAGUUAUUAUACUAGUUGGAUUAAAUUGUAUUGGAUGUUGCAUUUUGUUGAAAAGAAAUGUACAAUUAAGUAUAUUGUAUAUGUAGUAAUUAAUAAUGAAUAGGGUCAUUUGAGCUCAUUGUCUUUGUGCAGAUGUUAUUAUAAACUGUGUUUCAGAAUGCUAUUACAAGUUUGCCAUGCGUGCCCAAAGAUCUUCUGCAUGUAAUUUUGCCAUCGGAUCCUUAAAGGUGAUCUACAGUCCGUAUGUAAACAAAGCCUUUGUUUACAUUUUUGUGUCCAAAAUAUUGAGCUUUAUUCGACAACUAUUUAUAUUUUCAAGCUUCUAGAGUAUAAUAAAUUAUCAAGAAACAACAGUCAGGCUUUUCAAGAACUCAAAACAUAGUUAAACUGUUUGUAUCAUAAAAAGUGGGCUCAUUUGUGCACAUGCGCAGAUCGGACGGUAGAUCACCUUUAAAUAGGCACUUCCUUUAUCAAAGAAGAAAAUUUUGGUGUACAGUAAUAGCAGACCUGUCUGGACCGUGUUACAAGUUUAUGAGUGCUGUUUUGUUUUGAAUUAUAAAGAAUUAACAUGAAGUGAAGAUGAGUGAUUGUUAUUGGUGGAGUUUAAUUAGGGUUCGGCUGAGGGAUGCUUCUGCGACCUCACCGGGAUUGAGUGAUUGGACCCAAUGCCACAUCCUGCAUUGAGAUUUUACAGAUUCUUUACAAAGACUUUGAAUUUUUUACAUGUCGAUAUCUCGAUCCUCCCCCCCCCCCAAAAAAAAAAAAUAUAUUGUCGCUAGGCCUAAUGUGCCAAUUCCCUCUGUGCACCUAUAAUUAAUGUACCGAACAUAAUGUUUCUGGAAAGGGGGCAGGGUGAGAAAGACAUUGGUAGUAUGUAUCUUGCACUGGACCGUAAUUUAAUUCUAUGCAAUGUAGAUUGAACCAGUUAAACACAGUCGAAUAUUGAUGUCAGCACGAUGUCGAAAGGUUGCACUUUGGGAAUCAUCAGGACUUAAAACAAUAUAGUAAGUUCAUUACUGUGUGGAAAAAUGUUAUCCCUUUGAUUGUUCUGAAUCAGGUAAUAUAUAGCACAGCCACCCACUCACCCCCGCCCUUCUCUCUCGGGAAGAGAAUGACAACCUAUAUUUACCAAAAUGUUCAUGAUUGUUCACAGAUAUUUUGAUGGCUGUGUGGUGGUAAAGGAAUGUUCCCACUGAAAAUCCAAGCUGAUGUACAGGCCGUUCACUUCUGCAACUCUCCCCAAAAAUCUGCUAAAUAAAUCUACUGGUGAAAAUCCUCCCCCCCCCCCCUGAAUUUCCAUUGCAUGUGACUGCCUCCCCCCUGAAAACACCCCCGGAGCACUUUGAGCAGGCCACAUCUUCCCCGUCCCACCCAUAGAGAUUAUAAAUAACACUAGAGGUUCUAGAGGAGGCAUUGUAAUCUUAAUUCAGUAAAAAAAGGGAACACGGCUAUUGGGGGGCAAAUUCAUGUCCCGGAUGUGUAUUCAUGUUCCCAUUGGUGAUGAGUUUCAAAUCAGCCAAUGAGAGCACGAUUUUAUAUCCGGGACUUGAAUUUCAAUUGAAAAAAAAUUAGCUGUGUUCCCAAUUUUUAAACUCGAUGCCUCCUCUAGUGUUAUUUAUAAUCUCUAUGGUCCCACCCCCAUUGCCCUGGAGAAUGUCGUUCAUGAUACAUUCUAAAUGAAUUUUUCAGUGUGUAUCGCAAUGGUGAUGAUAAAUAUCCAUCACACAAGAUUCUCUUGGACAGAAGAACUUUGUUAAACAUGGACAAGGUAACAGUGGCAUGUACAGCAAAUAUACACAUACAGGUACAUGACAUUGUAUGCAAUAUACGUCAUUGCAGAUCAGUAAUUUAGACAAAAUCAAGUAGAAAGGAAUGAAGCAGGUGCAUUAACCCAUUGAGCAUAUGUGCUCUCCCCUUGACAAGUAAAAGCAUGAUCAUCUGGUGUUAGACAGAGUAAAAUAAAAUUGUGGGAUGCAUUGCAACGAAUUGACUUUAACACACAUCAAAUUUCCAUGGUUUCUUUCUUAUACUUUUUGUGUAUAGGUUUUAGAGCUUGUUACAGACAGGGUAAAACUGGAAAGUGGAGCGGUUUUUGCGUAAGUGUUCACUGUUGUAGGAUAUAUACAAAACUGAUCAUCACAAACAAGGACUGAUUAAUUAAUACUAUAUAAUGUGAAAAACUAUUGUUGAAGUUGAUUUUUUAUAUAGAUAAUUAUAUAUAUUUCUCGUUUAGUCUGUACACUUUGUUGGGCAAGGAAGUGAACGGUACAUCAGAACUUGUCAGCGGAGAAAAAUAUGUCGCAGUAGGACAUGGGAAAAGGUAAAUAAUUUGUAUUUCAACAGCAGAACUGUGACAAAUUGACAAAUAUGACAAAUUUCGUGACACGAGGCAAUUUUUGCUGCUAGCGCAUGAAUUUGCAACAUCCCUUCAAUGUCCAUUUUCACUCAGGAAAAUUUUUCGUAAAAAGAAAAUUUUGUUCGGAAAAGAAUUUGGAAGUUGAAAAUUUUUUCAACUUUUACUGUAACAAUGUCUGCAAUGAUAUUUUUGGAAAAUUUUCUGUCCGUGGAAAUGUUUCUUCAGUGGAAAUGGGCCUCGCGUUGCGAGUAUGUUGUGUAAAGAAAGUGUCACUGGCCGACUUAAGACUGUGGGCCAUGGCACUAUAGCUUUUAUUUUCGACAUUGUAUGAUUGACAAUUUGAAGUUUUUAUAUAGCGGCAGCUUUUUAGCAUAAAAACACUUGCCAAACCUUCUCCUUAAACACCUGUCUAUUUCUUCAUCGUUAUAUUCAUCUGUUAGUUAUUACGUACAUUACGAUUACCGAAGAGAUCCAUGGUGUAUAGAUGAAAUGAAUGCAAGGUUGAGAACCUUUUUUGUUCAUUUUGCAUGUGAGAAACUACAAAUAAAGUUCUUCGUUUCAAACAAAGACGCUUUGUCAAGAAGUUAAUUGGGAAAGCUAUAUAUACUGGACUAUAAACAAAACUAAACUGAGCUAUGUUGAUUCUGACAAGUAUAACAGCUAGCAACGCUAUCAGGUCUUUCUUAUACAAACGAUAUUGACAUCAACAACUGAUGCAUACUUUUUGUUCAGAUUUAAAAGAACAGUGUAUUAUAACGACAACCAGAAAAUUUCACCGAACAAUUCGCCACGGAGGUACGUUGUCAAACAGAACAUUAAUGGCUUCCGUCAGAUCUACCAGUCGUUGGCUGCAUUUUAAGACUCUUCGUUCGUAGCAUCCAUAUUGCGCCCUAUUGUACUUUAUUUUUCUGUCUAACGCCAGACGAUUUUACUCAUCAAGAGGAGAACAUGAAUGUACUGGCGCUCAAUAAUGCAUGUGUUAAUGUUGCACAAAGGAAUUUUACCAAAACUAUCAGAAUUUGUGCGACAAUGAAUAAACUGAAAGUUUAUGUAAUUAUUCCCAAUUUUUUAGGGCAAAAGUAAAAUAUAAAGACAAAGUUUUCGAGAAGAGGAAAAGCUUCGGGUUACCAUCAAAAACAGAAGAGAAGGUGAACUAUAUGAAUGCGUUCAAUUGUGUCCUACUUUGUCAUUUAAGUUUGUCUAACUGCUGACGAUUCUUUUUAGCAAAAGUACGAGGAGGGACACAGUAAAAAAGUCGAAAUAAGAGGAAAAUCCUUGGACACUCACGAGUCGUCCAGCACGAUACAAACAGCGACGGCCAACACGAUACGAACAACACAACAGCUCGGAAACACGACGGCCAGAAGAGAGGAAACUACGAAGCCAAAGGAGGACAGAAAUGGUAAAAUUUAAGCGUUGUGUUACAAGCUUUUCUUUUUUCAAUAAUUUUUAAUAAAAAUAUACAACUAGAGAGCAUGCGUUGACAGUAAAAUUGUUUUCAAUAUUUUGUUUCUUACUGCAGAUAAUCAAGGACAAGAAGCAGUAGACAACGAACGGAAGACAGAAAGCACAACUCGAAAUGAAAAACCUGACGAUAACGAAGCUAUAGUUACUCGUGAAAGAUCACACGACAACGUCUUCAAAGCGAGCGGAGCGAGAAGCGAGAAAGCGAAACAAGUUGAUGAUGAUAAAGGUAAUACUUGUAAGAUGAUAUAUCCGUUUCUGCAGAAGAAAAUAGCUAUUCGAUUAAAUAUAAAGUAUAAAUCCAGCUGUGUAACCGCUAUAUGUUCUUCUCCAUUGCUUGCCCUUCAGAAUAAAAUUUAUACUACUGUAAAUAAGAAAAUUCUGCUUGCCAUUAUAAAAUGUAAUUUCAAUUCGCCCUACGUUUUGCUGACCUUCUCAUCAAAUGAAAUAAUAAUUUUCAACAGAAGUGAAAGUAGAGAAGCCAAUCGAUCAAGUUCCAGCCGAGGAGGUCGUCGAAGAAAUAGUUGAUCAAAAUCCGACGCAAAGUGAGGAACAGAACGAUAAACCGCAGGAACAGGUCAGUGAAAAUUCGGGACCGAUUUGACCCGGGGGCGUCUGCAGGGAGGGGUUGCAGGUUUUCCGUGGGUUGGUGCAUGAGGGAGCCUUACUGCCCACUCUCCUCUGCAGUCUGUAACGCUACUAUCCCAACAACAACAUUAUACCAUCAUUUGAGAUGGCCGAAUCUGCAUGUUCGCCGUUCUGUUACGUUUUUACAUUAUGAAUAUGAGCGUUAUAUAUCUUAAAUUUACACAAAUCAUUAAAACCUAUGUAUAUAUUUAUUAUAUAGUAUAGAGAGUGAGAUACUGAAAAUACACAGUGAGAUAAUUUCCAUAUCGAUCACGUGACUUUUUCAAUUUUUUGCUUGGGACUAUAUAAUAAACAGAACAUUACGCUCGAAGAUAUGUCUUUUAUCCUCUCGUGUUAAAAACAAUAUUUUUCAAGCUCGCCCAGUGUGGAUAUACACUCAGAGUAACAUCACAAACAUCAUAUUCACCUGAGUACACAACACCAACACAGCACUCGAAGAUAAAAGUCAUAUCUUCGCGCCGCCGUGUAAUAUCCUCUAUAUAUGUGAAAACAUUUAACCUGACUUACGUAUGACUAUGGUCAACUCGUUCUAGGUGAGGCCAGCUUCACAGGACAAUGCGAAUAACGAAAAUACAACGACAGAAGACAAGGAAUGA